UCAGCGCUACUGCUGUUAUAAUCGCGCGGUGGCCAUUCCGAGGAGACUGAUAGCGUUUAAAGCUACAAGAGUCCGUAGGCUUUAUAACUACCCACUGAACUAAUCAUGCCGCGCGUGUACGUGGGCAGACUGAGCUAUCAUGUGAGGGAGAAGGACAUUCAGAGGUUUUUCAGCGGCUACGGGAAGCUUUUAGAGAUCGAUCUGAAGAACGGGUAUGGGUUUGUGGAGUUUGAAGACAACCGUGAUGCAGAUGAUGCUGUGUACGAGUUGAAUGGUAAAGAGCUGUGCGGGGAGCGUGUGAUCGUGGAGCACGCGAGAGGACCCCGGCGAGACCGAGACCGAGAUGGAUAUGGUGGGGGUUAUGGGGGAGGUGGCCGCAGCAGUAGUGGUUACAGCAGCAGGAGCCGAAGUGGAAGGGACAAAUAUGGACCUCCGGUUCGCACCGAGUAUCGUCUCAUAGUGGAGAACCUGUCUAGUCGCUGCAGCUGGCAGGACCUCAAGGACUUUAUGCGUCAGGCUGGAGAGGUGACCUAUGCUGAUGCCCACAAAGAAAGGACAAAUGAAGGAGUCAUUGAAUUUCGCUCCUACUCUGAUAUGAAGAGAGCCUUGGACAAGUUGGAUGGCACUGACAUUAAUGGGAGGAAGAUUCGACUUGUAGAGGAUAAGCCUAGACGCCGUCGUUCCUACUCUGGGAGCAGGUCAAGGUCACGCAGCAGACGCCGCUCUCGCAGCAGGAGCCGUAGGAGUUCACAAAGCCAUUCCAGGUCCAGAUCACGGUCAAGGUCUGGCCGCAAGUCCCGUUCUCGCUCAAGGUCUGGCCGCAAGUCUCGUUCUAGAUCUAGGAGAAAGUCUCAGUCCAAGUCUCCGGGAAAGACCCGCUCCAGAAAGUCCAAGUCACGCAGUCGUUCUGCUAGCCACAAGUCUCGUUCGCGCUCUGAUGCUCGUAAGUCUCGCUCCAAGAGUCGCUCUAAAGCAAAGUCUGAGAGGGAUUCCAGAAGCCGUUCCAAGGAGAAGUCUGUCAGUAAAAAGUCCCGAAGCCGCUCUGUUUCUCCAAGGGAGAAUGGAAAUGGGGAGCGAGCAAAGUCUGCUUCCCGUUCGCCAUCUCCUAAAGAGGAUCGUCAUCAGUCAGAGUCACCCAGCAAGCGUUCUGCAUCUCCUUCUCCUUCACGAUCAAAGUCACGUUCCAGGUCUCCUUCGCAAGAUUAGGGUCUUUCCAGUAAGAUUACAGAAAAUUAUUUCUUAUGCACAGCUCAGUGUUAAGUUGGUCAUUCACAGCCUGAAAACAUUCAGCAAAUAGACUGCAUCCCAAUGUAGUAUUGAUUACCAUGCUGUCUUCAAAUUUCAACAUUGCAUGAAUACCAUUGCAAAUCAUAGAUGUAAUGCCUAUAAUUUACCCUCCUCUCCCAAAAGGCCCAUUGCUUGUUGCUGUACUGUGGGAUUUAAGGCUAGAACAUUACAAAAGUUGGUUUGAUAUGUACCAGCAUUUGCAGUCAUUUUUCUCUAGUCUUCAACAAAUGUUUAAGAUGUGAUCUUUGAGUAAUUGGCGACAAAAUGCUUCCUUGCUGUAUAGUAAUUUCGUUUUUUUCCUAGCUGACAGCUUUGUUGGUGCUUUUCCUCAAACUCCGUCUUUAGUGAUGUUGCUUAAAUUUUAUAAAGUGUGAUACAUUACUGCACUUUCAACCUGUUUUCUUUGUCCAGGAUUGACCUAAUUUUUAAAUGAGUUUUUGAGUAUUUUCCACUGUUUUAGUUGAAUAAACAUUUAAUUGGUUUUCA